UCCGACCACCUGUCACUCAUAAGACUAUGAAGCUUAUUUUAGUGCACUUGCUAGUUGUGUCAGGUUGUUUUUGGCACCUGAAGGUGAGACAAGAGUAAUGGCUGGACGUCUUCUCCUCCGAGCUUGUACAAGAACAUUGCAGCUGAGGAGCGGUGUGGUGGCUAGACCGCUACACCGUGCCAUGGUCACAGAGAGAGGAAUACCAACAGAUGAAGAACAAGCCACUGGACUGGAGCGACGUGCGCUGCAGGCGCUCAAACAGGGAAAGGACCCCUACAGUAUACUGAAGCCUCAGCAGUAUGCUGGUACCAAGGAAGACCCUCACAUUGUGCCAUGCAUUGGAACCAAGAGGAUUGUGGGCUGUCUGUGUGAGGAAGACAACACUGCUAUUGUGUGGUUCUGGCUUCAUGAGGGAGAAGCCCAGCGCUGCCCCUCCUGUGGCUCCCACUACAAGCUGGUCCACCAUGAGCUGCCCCAUUGAAACUAAAUGAAACGAGUUGUGUACAAAUGGGACAUUUCGUACAUAUUUGCUUCCUUCAACUGCCAAAUACUGCAGUGUGUGUACAUCAUUUGACAUGUACAUUAUUAAAAUGUGAACCUAGA